CAGAACCCUGGAGUUGCAAGCGUCACAAUUUUUGUACAUCUCUUUCUGUUUUUCUUGACAAUGCAUCCAUCAUUUAUAAUAUUCUAGUGUCAACAAAAUUAAAGAAGGAUUCUUUUAAAUCAUAAAGACAUGUGAUUACUAUGACCAUUUUGGUUCCAUCUAUUUUAAAGCUAGUAUCAAAACCUUUAGAUUAUAACAUGUAUAUAUAAACUGUGUUUUUAAUUAUCAAAUACCAAAAAAGAAAACCCCCAAAAAACCAACCAACUUUUAGCUAUUGAUCUUAAUCAUAGUGUUUUAUUUUGAUAAUUUAAUUUACAGAUACAUCUAUAAGUUGUCAUAAUGUCAUUUAAUUCUAUUUUAUUGUUGCAUUCCUCUUCUUGCCCUUGUAAAGCACAAUCUGAUUAAAAUAAGAUCUUUGAUCCGCUCCGUUAUUGUUAUAAAUAAGAUCUUUGAUCCGCUCCAUAACAAUAACGGAGCGGAUCAAAGAUCUUAUUGAAACGACAUAACAAUAACGGAGCGGAUCAAAGAUCUUAUUUUAAUCAGAUUGUGUAAAGCACCUUAGAGUAAUAAACUGUUUUAUAUAAGGCUGCAUGUAUAUAAAUUUUAUUAUUAUUAUCACUGAUCGAGGUCAUGAAAUUUACAAUUACCUGUUCCUUCUUUACCUAAAAGCAUCAAUAGCAUUAAGGAAGAUGUUAUCUAAAUUUAAAUGUUUUACACAUAAACACUAUAUAUCAAGUUUGGUUCCUCCUGGAGUCAGAAUUUCUACCCUAGGAAUCAUGAUAUUUACAAGCUUGAUGUUUUGUUUACUCUCACAACAGAAGCUGACCACUAGCAAUAGGUCACAUGAGAGAAUCAAUUGACCUAAAAAUCUAUUAAUUAACAUGAUUGAAAUGUUUUAAUCUUUAUAUCCAUGAUAAGAUAUUCUUUAUAUAUUUUAUAUUGAAUUCAAUUUGGUACUUUGACCUCUUUAUUUUCAAAAUAAUUGGAAUUAUGUCUAUAUACACACAUGUGAGAGUUGGCCUCCAUGUGUCCAAUGAAGAAAUUAUGAAUAAUGGAAUGACAAAUUAAUGAUUGUCUAAUGCUUACAGGGAUGGAUCCAGGAAUUUUUGAGAGAGGGGAAAUUUACCAUUAAUUUUGGUUAUCAAGGGAGGGGGUCCACCCUCAAAAUGUGUUAUUUUUACUUUAUUUUAGCAAAAUUUCCUGAACCAGCACCCCCUCUGGAUCCACCACUGGGUUAUCAUUUACUCCUUCAUUCUUGAUUACAAACCUAAGGACACUAAAUUGUAAUUUCACAUUUUUUUUUAAUUUGACAAUAUUUCAUUAUCACACAACAGCAAAAUUAUGAAAGCAUAUACAUAUACGUACAAUAAUAGCAAAUUGAUUGUUCUGACAUAUCAUUUGAUAUACAUAUAUAUUCAUAAGAAAAUUUGAACUAUCAUGCAUAUUAUAGAUUAUCAGUCAUCAAGUUUUUUGUUGUGUUUUUUUGUUUUUGUUUUUUUUUUUUCAAAGUAAUUUCACAUUUUGAAUCUUGCUUAUUAAUUGAUAUGUUGAUAUGGAAUCAAAUGACAUGCAUGCACGCAGAAGCUAUGUGAAAAAUGUCAGAUCUUGUGUAGCAAUUUGUAAACCCAAUGAUUACAAAGCCUAUUAGUAUUCUAUAUCAGUAAAAGAAAAUCCUAUUUUAAUUCACAUUUUGCAAUAGAUAUGAUAAAAGGAAUAAGCAUUUAAUAAUAAUUAUCAAAAUCUAUAGUUUAAAAUUGAAAAACAAUCUCAUAAAAAAUAUAACAUAUAUUUUACACAUGGAUUUUUGUAAACUUUACAAAAGGAACAGAUUUCCCCCCUGAAUUUAUAUAAAAAUCAGUAUUAUGUCCUGUGACAUUUUGUUAUUAUGCUUUAAUAAACUUCUAAUAUUGACUUUGUCCUUGCAUGGUCAUUUUGUUCAUUUUUUUUUAUAUCUGUACCCAGGUUUUGUCUUGUGACUUUUACCCCAACUAAUCCCUUUGUGUAUAAUACACAUGGGAUGUUCUUUACAGCUCAGCAAGCCCCUGGCUUUGUUUCUCAUUGUUCCUUAUCUACAAUUACUGGGUGAAUGACUUUGUGAGGUUGUAAUUUGCCAUCUAAUACUUUUAUAAGCAUUUCAUAUCAUGAUCAACAUAUCAUGCUAUUUCAGUCAAUAUUAUAAAUAAUUCAUUUGAUACAUAAUAUGUAAUAUUGUAGGCUUAUAUGGUGAUAUUUGGAAAAUAAUGGCAAAGCAAUUCUCAGCAUGAACAUUGAAAAUUAUGUUGCAAUAUACAUCACCCAAUACAAAGGCAAAGGAUACAUUUUAAUUUUUACGUUUAAAUUCAUAUGAAAUAUUGUGAAAUUCAUAAUCAUGUGAAUGCAUAGCUGCAGAACUGUAGCUCUCUGAGAAAAUAUUAAUUGGUACAGAUCUGUCCCAAUAUUUUCUCAGAGAGCUACAAUUUUGCAGUUAGUGAAUGUGGUUAACUUAUACUACCAUUAAGAUAUGUAAUCCCUUUCUAAUAUUUGUUUAAUUUGUACCUUUUUCAUAUUGUACAACAAAGUAUAAUUUAAUGCACAUUAAUACUCGGAUUAUAAUAAUUUUUUUAAAUUAUUUUUUUUAGGCUUAAUUUUUUUUAAUUUAUUUGUACAAAUAGAAAUUAAGUGCAUCAUAAUAAGAUUUAUAGAAUUAACUAUAAAUCCAUUUAUUUUAGCCAGACUUAAAUAUAUUUUAUUUCUGAGGAUUUUUUCGGAAACACUAUUCCGGAAUCCUACCGGAAAUAAGUUGGCAAAUAGAAUAGCAUUUCCUUUUAUGACGAGGCAAUUUCGGGAGAACGGUGAGAUAACAGUCGAGACAACAUUUUAAUUUUUUAUAAGAUUCAGAAGCUACGGAAAAUAAGUUAAAUUGUAGAAAAAACAUGCCAAAAGAAAAAUCAACGAGGGCGAAAAAGAAGAAGGGAGGUGAUGUUAUGAGAAAGGGGCGAACAAAUAAAAAUGUGGAAGGUCCAGUUGAAUUUCAAGAGCAGACGACAAUGGAGACAUCAACAAAUAACGGAUUUGAGGGAGAAAUGGAUGUAUCACCCAGAGAUGAACCAUCGGGAUUCCGCAUGGAGAAUUCCAGGGAAACCAUUCGAGGAAUUGGCUCCACAAGCAAACAAGAUACCAGAAAAAAUACCAGUAGAAUUUCAGCAGUUGAUGUUAGAAAUGAAGUAAACAACUUGUUACAUCUAGCAACAGCCCCAAAUACUCAGGAAACAUACAACCAGGGACUAAGAUGCUUUGAGGAAUUCCAGGAUUCCCUAAACCUUAGCAAAAUAUGGCCCCCUACGUUAGAGCAAAUAGUUCUAUUUAUAGGUUAUAUGUCAGCAAAACAUCUCUCAGUGGCAACAGCUAGAACUUACAUUUCAGCUAUUUCUUACAAACUAAAAAUUCAAAACAAUAGGGAUGAAACUCAAAGCUUUCUGGUUAAGAAACUCUUAGAAGGAUUCAGAAGAAAGGUCAAGAAAAAUGAUGCCAGACUGCCAAUUACAUCAAAUAUAUUAAAUCAAAUACUACAAAGUUUGCACUUGGUUUGUACAAACUACUAUGAAUGCAAACUGUUUCAAGCCGCCUACACUUUAGCAUUUUUUGGUUUCUUUAGAGUUGGAGAAAUGACAGUAAAAAACCAAAAAGAUCUGGGACAUGCAAUUGAAUAUGAAGACAUAACAAUGUUUACAGAAGAAAAUAAAAUCCAAAUAAAAUUAAAGCAUUCCAAAGUGGAUCAAAUAGGGGAAGGAGAAACAAUUACUAUUCAGAAUAGCCAAUUUGGGUCUCAAAUACAACCAAUUAAGAUUAUUCAAGAAUAUCUAGCAAUACGACCUUCAGUGCAGGGGAAGUUGUUCUGUCAUUUUAGUGGACAACCAUUAACUAGAUACCAAUUUACGGCAGUUUUAAAUAAAGUUUUGUCGAUAAUAGGGUUAGAAGGUAAAAAAUACAAGUCUCAUUCAUUUAGAAUUGGGGCAGCAACCAGUGCAGCAAUGUUUGGUAUGUCAGAGGAAGAAAUCUGUAAAGCAGGAAGAUGGAAAUCUAAAGCAUACAAAAUUUAUGUUAGGAUGUAAUCAUAAUAUAAAUGUAGGUGUAACCCUUAAGACUGUCAUAUGUUUAAGUAUAUAUGAAAAUGGUUUCAAGUCAUAUAAUUAUAUAAUCUUGUCAUGUCUCUAUAUAUACACUUUCAGAACAACAGGUAUGGGUAGUGGGCUCAUCAAUAGUCAAAAGAGCAUUUUUAGCAGCUAGAAUCAGACCAGAUGGAGUUAACUUGGGACUAAUGGAUAGAUUAAAUGUGUCUAUUUGGUGGCAAGGAAAAGGGGGUAUGGGCUGGUAUGAAAUGUACAACAAGAUCAAAACAUUGCUGAAAGUUGCUGACCCUCCUGAUUACAUUAUUCUACAUUGUGGUGGUAAUAAUAUUGGGUACACACCAAUCAAACAGCUUAUACAAGAUAUGAAAGGUACAAUUGACAAAAUUUGGAAACUUUUACCCAAUACAAAGCUUGUAUGGUCACAAAUAUUGCCUAGAAAGAACUGGUAUUCAUCAGAUAGCAUAGAAAAAAUGAAUAAUUCUGCAAAAAGAAUCAACAGUUCAGUGGCGGCUUAUAUAGUAAGGAAUGGGGGAUGUUAUAUCAAGUAUUUGGAUAUCAAACUUGUAAACACAAAUCUUUUUGAGGCAGAUGGGGUCCAUAUAUCAAAUAUAGGCAAUGAAAUUUUUCUCAACAACAUUAGUGCAGGGUUAGAACAAUUUAUAACGAAUGGAUGGCAAGUGUAUCCAAAGUUAUACUAGAAUUUGGACGGGGUAUUUUGUGGCAAGGUCUUGGCUCCAGGAACUAGCCGCUUCCCCCCCUUGGUGGCGGUGGCUUCAAUGGUUAAUAUUGUAACCAUUUCCGCCAUGUGGAAGAAUGCGCGUCUGGUUCCUGUGAUUGGACAUUGAAUGAUUUGAUUGGACAAUAUUGUAUGUAUUGAAUUAUUUGGUGACAAUUUGGUCACAUAUAUAUAUGAUACACUUUGAUUGCCGCUCACCGGAAUCAUAGUCAUAUGGUUUUUUGUUUAAUUGAAAAUUGACAUUUUAAUGAUUGAUGUUUGGGGGUGAUUGCAAAUCGUCUCAUUGCCGUCAACCGGAAUGAGAAGAUCUGCGAAAUUUGUUGCUUGAUUUUAUGAUAUAACAUUAGGCAAUGAUGUGUUUUUGGCCUGUACCAUUUGGGUGUCAAUACACAGGUGUAAUUGACAUGGUAAAAUUUUAAUGUAAAACUUUAAAAUUUUACUCAUUGCCUAGUUGCCAAGACCAACAACAGCCACAAUGGGGAGGGGGGUGUUGUUAUAAAAUACAAUAAGUGCAAAAAAUAAACUUGUAUAUAGGUAAACAUAAUGUUAUGUCUUUAUUUCCAUCCCAGGACAAGGUCAGCUUACAAGUACAAUGUACACUACAAACUGCUAUCAUUUUGAAGUUUUGCAAGGCUGGUCUAUAAUAAUAUAUA